GUCAUCGCAAUGGCCCACAACCAAACCAUUCCCCUUCGUCUCCUGUCCAACUUCUCCCUUCCCCAAAUCAUCCCUCCAUCCCUCACAAACCCCUCCUCAUCCCUCUCUCCGUUCUCCUCCUCUACACCCCCUUCCCUGUUCCUGUCCGCCUCCAUCCACAUCCUGAACACCACCAACCCGUCUGUUUCCGGGGAGAACCAAAGCAUUGUGGGUAAUACCACCUCCACGACAGUAGGGGCUCUCAUCCUGUGUCUGGUCUUGCUGCUGGGCCUCCCUGGCAACCUCUUCAUCAUCUGGAGUAUCCUGGCGCAUGCCCGUCGCCGCUCCGUCACCACCCUCCUCAUUCUCAAUCUAGCGGUGGCCGACGGCUCGCUCAUGGCGCUCACGCCCUUCUUCGUGAUCUACCUGGUCAAGAAGACCUGGGUUUUUGGCAACAUCAUGUGCAAGGUUGGGGCUCUUGUUGAUUGUUGAUAUAAUGGCUGCAUUCCAGGCUGACUACAUUGCAGCCAAUGCUAGAUAUCACAACGCCUGGAUAGGUGUUAAGCAUAUCCACUAACCUCAUCAUAUGAUAUAGCAAUCUGAUGCCCGACUGUGCAGUUGAUGACGUGGCAAGUAACCAUGCAACGCAAUGACUGCAAUGUAGUCGGCCUGGAACGUGACCAAUGUCAAUAGACCAAUGCCAUCAUUUUAUGCCCAAAGACGGACAUAUUUGAAAACACCUUUGUUACUAAACAUGGAGUGAGUACUUUACUUUUUCAUUGAAUCCUUAUCCUUUUGAAAUGCUAACAAUAUGCUCUCCCUUUUCGUCUUCAUCAGAUACUCUUCUACCUGUGCCUCGCCAACAUGUACGCCUCCAUCCAACUGAUCAUGCUGAUGAGCCUGCACAGGCUGGUGGCCGUGGUGUGGCCUCGGCGCGUCGCUGCCCUCGCUGGACGGAAGGCGGUGCAGCGUGGGGUGCUGGUACUGUGGACCCUGGUGCUGGUCGCAUCCAUCCCUGCGUUGCUGUUCAGGGACGAGCGGAAGACAGAGCACCCCAACGGGAAGAGACGCGUAGUGUGUGAGUCGUUCCACAAGCAGCGAAGUCAUGUGAGCGACACUUAAUUAUUUACUGACUGACUGACUUAAUCCUAAUCUACAUUCCUGGAGGACCAUAGGGCUUUAUUAUUAUUAUUAUUAUAUUAUUAAUAUUAUUAAUAUAUUUUAAAAAUUUUAAUUUUUUAAUUCUAACCCUAACCACCCCUCCCCUAAUUGGAGUAAACUAAUGGACAACAACACUUAGGCUUCUACUUCCAUCUUAUACAUACUAUAUACAUUUUACGGACACAAUCUAUUUUACAAUAGUUAUAUCUUGUUAUUAGUCCCACCCUUCAUAUAGAUCACAAAAUAGUUGGGAAGAGAUUUUCGAUGUACCGAUUCCAUGGCACAUGGUUUAUGAACUGAUACGCAAAACGUCGCCGGAUUCAAAACUUUUUCCAUUUAAAUUAUUAUACAAAAUUCUUGCAACCAAUAUAAUGUAUAUAUAUAUGGGGGAUACAACCUUCCCAGCUCUGCAGAUGUUGCUACAAAGAGACAGAGUCAUUAGAUCAUUUAUUUUGGUACUAUCCAUAUGUAGCUUGUUUUUGCUCACAGGUCCAGGAAUGGCUGACGAAUUGCAACAUUUACCAGGAGCUAACUCUGCAGAUAGCACUACUGGGUGAUUUGAAAAGUCAUAGUCAAUCGGUCAAUAACAUAAUAAUACUUUUAGGAAAAAUUGUCAUCUUUAAUUUACAAUCUGUAGAAACUAUGAGAAUAGAAAGGUUCUGAACUUUUGUGAAACAUCACAGCACAGUUGAAAAAUAUAUGGCAAAUAUAAAUCCAAUAUGGAUGGUGUUAAGAGAUAGAUGGGAGGGGUUGAGUGGAGCUGAAGGGUGAGACUAAGAACCAUAGAGAUAGAUGGGAGGGGUUGAGUGGAGCUAAAGGGUGGGACUAAGGACCAUAGGGCUAGAUGGGAGGGGUUGAGUGGAGCUGAAGGGUUGGACUAAGGACCAUAGGGCUAGAUGGGAGGGGUUGAGUGGAGCUGAAGGGUUGGACUAAGGACCAUAGGGCUAGAUGGGAGGGGUUGAGUGGAGCUGAAGGGUUGGACUAAGGACCAUAGGGCUAGAUGGGAGGGGUUGAGUGGAGCUGAAGGGUUGGACUAAGGACCAUAGGGCUUGCAUGUGAGUGAUGGGAGAAGGAAAAUAGCAUUUAAUCAACAAUUAAAGACUUGUAUGUCAGUUGAGGGAAGAAGAAAGUACUUACUUUUCAUGACGGCUUUCUAUCACCGUAGCAAUGUCUUAUCUGUCUUAUCUUAUUAUGUGGUCCUCUGUAGCUCAAUUGGUAGAGCAUGGCGCUUGUAACGCCAGGGUAGUGGGUUCGAUCCCCGGGACCACCCAUACGUAAAAAUGUAUGCACACAUGACUGUAAGUCGCUUUGGAUAAAAGCGUCUGCUAAAUGGCAUAUUAUUAUUAUAUUAUUAUUAUUAUUAUCUGUAGUCAGAUCAUCCAUAAAAACUUUGUUAGGUAUGGAGUGUAAAUGUUACAUUGCUUUUGUGUAUAUAGUGUCACUGACACUAAACAAUCAAGCUGUCAAUCAAGGUGAUCUCUAUGCUGAUACAGUAGGCUACUCGCCCUGUUCCCUCAGUGCAGGUGGUGCUCCAGUACACGUUGGAGACAGUGCUGGGAUUUGUAGUUCCUUACGGAGUGAUUGUAGGCAGCUACAUCUGCAUCCUGCGGAGGAUCAGGCAGACCAGGUCCACUGUUGUUUUACUAUCUUCAUUUAUCGAUCAUCUUAAUUACAAUUUUCUCUAUCUUCAUUUCAUAUUUGUCUAGAAUGUAUUAUUUUGCCUCAUCUUUCUCACUUUAUUUUAUUUUAUUUUGUUAAGCACUUUGAGAUGUGUUUUUAUAAGAUGUGCUGUAGAAAUAAUGUUUGAUUUGAUUUGACCAGAUUCAGGAGGAGGAUCCGCAGUGAGAAGCUCAUCCUGGCCAUCGUGGUCACCUUUGGUGUCUUCUGGUUGCCCUACCAUGUCAUCAACAUUGUGCAGGUACUGUGUGUUUGUGUUUGUUUGUGUGUGUGUGUGUGUGUGUGUGUGUGUGUGUGUGUGUGUGUGUUUGUGUGUGUGUGAGAGUUAUAGCCAGGGCCUCAAACUCCCUAUUGAGGCUAAAACUAUAGGUGCUGCUGUAACACGAAUGUCUAUUAUGAUGAAAUCUGUUCUCAUAGAUUAAAUAUGUCCUUACAGGUUGCUGCAGCACUUUCUCCAAAUGAUUCAGCUCUAAAAGCAAGGUAGGCUUUCUCAAUGACUGUGUCAUAAGAUCCUCACCCCCUUUUUUAUUUGUAGUGUCAUAAUAACCUUUACUUAAUUGAAUUAUUAUCAAAUCCCUAACUAAAUUCUCAUUAAAAAAAAGAACAACCAUGUUUUCCCUCCCUCCCCAAAAGAACAACCCUGUUUUCCUAUUCUCCCUCCCUCACUGUAAUGGAAAACUGUAAUUUCUACUGUAAUUUUAGGUAUUAUCAACAGUAAAAAACUCUGAAACAUUUAACUGCAGCAUACUGUAAAUGAUGGUGCAUUGUGGGAUAUUGCUGUUUUUCGAAUGGUACUGUAAUUCCACCCCACAGAAUACAGUACCAUACCGUAUCUUUGGAGUCCCAAAAACCUUUUGAACACUAGUGGUUGCAUGGUAUUGUUGUCUCUGGCUCAUUAACAUAUUUUGAGGCGUGCCUUGUAAGAGGCUAUAUUUGUUCCACCCGUGAGUGAGAAUUUCUGUAUCAAUUUAACUAUUAUGUGGUUAUAGUGCCCCAUCAAUUUGAAAUGUAUAGGGGACAUAUUGGGGUGGCAGAAAGUCUUAAACAUUAAAUCAGGGGUGUCAAACUCAUUCCAUGGAGGGCCUAGUGUCUUCAGGUUUUUCCUUUCAAUUAAGACCUAGACAACCAGGUGAGGGGUGUUCUUUACUAAUUAGUGACCUUAAUUCAUCAAUCAAGUACAAGGGAGGAGCGAAAACCUGCAGACACUUGGCCCUCUGUGGAACGAGUUUGACACGUGCCUUAAAUGGUUGAGCAUUUUGCCAUGUCCUUUUGGUCUGUUUUGCCCUGUAGUAGUUGCCAGUUUGGACGCCUUUGUUAAGGCCUCUAGAAAUGCAAGUGAUAUAAAACACCAGAUAUUCAUUAAUAUGCUGUAAUGUGUAAACACUUUACAUAGCAGCCAACCUUCUUGCAACAAUCCCUUGUAAUUACAGUAAAAUACUGUGAAAUAGAAAUGUAAUUCAUCCAUCCAUUCAUUCUGAUUACGGUAGCAUUAACUUUUUUACAGUAUAUUACAGUACAUUUUACGGUAUUAUACUGUGUGUCAUUGCACAAUACUUGCUUUGAUACCGCAUUUAUGUUACACUAGGUGUACUGUAAUAUACUGUAGUCUCUGCUAAUGCAAGGCAAGCGGUAGCGAUGCACCAAGUCUGGAACCAACAGGAAUCAACAGCUUCUACUCUCAAGCCAUAAGACUGCUAAAUAGUUAGUUAAAUAGUUACAUAGACUAUCUGCAUUUACCCUUUCUGCACUAACCUUUUUGACUCACCACGUAUGCUGCUGCUACUGUUUACUAUCUUUCUUCCUAGUUAUAUCUACAUACAUUAUCUACCUCAAUUACCAUGUACCCCUUCACAUUGACUCGGUACUGGUACCCCGUGUAUAAAGCCAGGUUAUCGUUACUCAUUGUGUAUCUAUUAUUACUUUUAUUAUUAUGUGUUUUACUUUUUCUAUUAUUUCUCUAUGUUCUUUCACUCUGCAUUGUUGGGAAGGGCCCGUGAGUAAGCAUUUCACUGUUAGUUUACACCUGUUGUUUACGAAGCAUGUGACGAAUGAAAUUUGACUUUAAAAAAAUACAUAAUUGUACUUGCUUCCUCUCACUCCCUCCCCCAGGCUUGACACUAUUUUGGCAGACCAGCCGUGCGGUCACCUCAGCCCUGGCCUUCAUCAGCAGCUGUGCCAACCCUGUCCUCUACACUUUCGUUGGCAUGUCGUACAUCCGGCGGGACGGCUUUGCCUUCAUGGCCCGCCUGUUCGAGGGCACGGCGCAGGACUCUGGGACCAGGAAGAGCCGACAGAACAGCCAGAAUAGCCGAGAGAGAGACAGGGAUGCAGAGGAGGUCGGACUGAAGGAAAAGGAGGGAGAUCUAGAGUCGACAACCAGCACCAAUGUCACGAGUCCCAUCAAAGUGAAACCUGGGAAGAAUGGCAAACAGGGCCCGAUUCCGACUUAGGAAAGGAUGUCUUUCUCAUGCUCACAUUUCCUACACAUUUCUCAGUAGUUGGCAUUCAGACUUACCUUAUAAAGGUGUGUAACGGGCUUCGCAGGCGUGGUUCCCUUAUGCGCACGGAAUAAAUGUCAUUCAUCUGCUGAAAACCCUCUCACUUGCUGGCCAACAGAUUUUCUCGUGGAGUUUUCAUUCAGUAGGCUUUUCAGUACAUUUAUUUAGCUAUCCUUUAAAUAUGGUGUACCUUUUAGUUUGAAUUUUGUCAACAGACUCAAUAGAAUAUAUAGAGAGAAUCGGUUCAGAAUAUUAGGGGUCAAUUAAAGAAAGCCAUCUAAAUAUACACUACCAGUAAAAAGUUUGGACACACCUACUCAUUCAAGGGUUUUUCUUUAUUUUUUACAUUGUAGAAUAAUAGUGAAGACAUCAAAACUAUGAAAUAACACAUAUGGAAUCAUGUAGUAACCAAAAAAGUGUUAAACAAAUCAAAAUAUAUUUGAGAUAUAUGAGAUUCUUCAAAUAGCCACCCUUUGCCUUGAUGACAGCUUUUCACACUCUUGGCAUUCUCUCAACCAGCUUCAUGAGGUAGUCACUUGGAAUGCAUUUCAACUAACAGGUGUGCCUUCUUAAAAGUUAAUUUGUGGAAUUUCUUUCCUUCUUAAUGCGUUUGAGCCAAUCAGUUGUGUUGUGACAAGGUAGGGGUGGUAUACAGAAGAUAGCCCUACUUGGUAAAAGACCAAGUCCAUAUUAUGGCAAGACAGCUCAAAUAAGCAAAGAGAAACGACAGUCCAUCAUUACUUUAAGACAUGAAGGUCAGUCAAUACGUACCAUUUCAAGAACUUUGAAAGUUUAUUCAAGUGCAGUCGCAAAAACCAUCAAGCGCUAUGAUGAAACUGGGUCUCAUGAGGACCGCCACAGGAAUGGAAGACCCAGAGUUACCUCUGCUGCAGAGGAUAAGUUCAUUAGAGUUACCAGCCUCAGAAAUUGCAGCCCAAAUAAAUGCUUCACAGAGUUCAAGUCACAGACACAUCUCAACAUCAACUGUUCAGAGGGGACUGUGUGAAUCAGGCCUUCAUGAUCGAAUUGCUGCAAAGAAACCACUACUAAAGGAAACCAAUAAUAAGAAUAGACCUGCUUGGGCCAAGAAACACGAGCAAUGGACAUUAGACCGGUGGAAAUGUGUCCUUUGGUCUGGAGUCCAAAUUUGAGAUUUUGGGUUCCAACCGCCGUGUCUUUGUGAGACGCGGUGUGGGUGAACGGAUGAUCUCAGCAUGUGUAGUUCCCACCGUAAAGCAUGGAGGAGGAGGUGUUAUGUUGUGGGGGUGCUUUGCUGGUGACACUGUCUGUGAUUUAUUUAGAAUUCAAGACUCACUUAACCAGAAUGGCUACCACAGCAUUCUGCAGCGAUACGCCAUCCCAUCUGGUUUGGGCUUAGUGGGACAAUCAUUUGUUUUUCAACAGGACAAUGACCCAACACACCUGCAGGCUGUGUAGGGACUAUUUUACCAAGAAGGAGAGUGAUGGAGUGCUGCAUCAGAUGACCUGGCCUCCACAAUCCCCCGACCUCAACCCAAUUGAGAUGGUUUUGGAUGAGUCGGACGGCAGAGUGAAGGAAAAGCAGCCAACAAGUGCUCAGCAUAUGUGGGAACUCCUUCAAGACUGUUGGAAAAGCAUUCCAGGUGAAGCUGGUUGAGAUAAUGCUAAGAGUGUGCAAAGCUGCCAUCAAGGCAAAGGGUGGCUAUUUGAAGAAUCUCAAAUCUAAAAAUAUAAAAUAGAUUUGUUUAACACUUUUUUGGUUACUACAUGAUUCCAUAUGUGUUAUUUCAUAGUUUGUAGAAAAUAGUAAAAAUAAAGAAAAACCCUUAAAUGAGUAGGUGUGUCCAAACUUUUGACUGGUACUGUGUAUAUGCAUAUUCAUCUCGGUUUCAGCACCAAUUGGUAGAUUUUAAAAUCUUGUAGAUUGUUUAGGGCUAGGAAAGUAUUUAUGAAUCAUAAAAAACUGGUUUGGAUAGCAUUUACGCACAAAAGAAAGAAAACGUGGGUUUGAUUCAUUCAGAAAAUUGCCACAUUCAGUUCUUUAACUCAUGGUAAUGUUGGAUGAUUAGUGUACAUAGAAUUAUAAUAGGGAGAAUAGUGUACAAUAGUAGGCUAUACCCUCCUCUAUUGCCAGCACUAACCAUAGAACUGUGUGAUGACACAGCCAAGUUUUGCACCAUACGUCGGGUUCAAACUGUUAUGCUUGGUCUGUGCUCCCGCUCCAUAACGAUUUAAUUAACUAUGUCUAAUUAAAUAUGAUCAACUGUUACUAAUGAUCUUCAGCAACAACCACAUGGCCGUGUUUGCGUUUACAGAGGAAGCAAAUGAAGGUUAACAAAAUCAUGUACUUAAAUGGAAUGAUAAUGUAGGCUGUACCAACUGAAGGGAACUAACUAACAGUAAAUUGGCAGUUGAAUAUGUGUUGUUAUUAGGCCUACUGACGGUCGAUACUGAUAGUGGUUAAUAUUUAACAUGAUAGAAAUAGUAAACAGAGAAAGUCGGGGUAGCCUAUAAUCAAGACAUUUGAGAGUGCCCAUCCCAGCAAGGUAAGGCCGUACAAUUUAAAUUCUGCCUAAUGGCACAGCAUUUCACUGUGGGAAAUGUAUAUGUUGAUAUGCUUCAGUUUUCUACCAUAUGAUUGGUUUCACAUUUGCCUCCAGCGAUUAUAAGGUAAAAUAUAGGGCAGAGUCUAAAACAAGUAUCAUUUAUAUGUACAAUUCCCUUAUCCAAAUGGAUUACUCAUUUACCUAGCUCUUCCUAAUAGCUAUUAUCAAGUUGUACAUUUGACCAAAAUUAAGUAGAUGCUUUUUCCACUUGGAUCGGAUAGGUUCGGUAGACCUUAUUCAUGGUAGGUGAAUAGCACGCUAUUCUUAUGAUUAAGUUCAAGGUCAGACUAUGCAUAGAGAGAAAAGUGCAUAAAAAAAGGAAUUACAUUCAAUUUACAAAUGCUUAACUAUGGUUCCGAUUCUGACUUAGGAAUGUAUGCCUUUCCUAUGCACUUUUCAGUAUUUGGCAUUCAAACUUAUUUAGUCGUGUAAAGCACUCUGCAGGUGUGGUUACCUUGCGCACUCCGAAUAAAUGUAAUUCAAACUGCUGAAAACCCUCCCAUAUCCUGGACAACAGAUUUUCUCUUGGAGUUUUCAUUCAAUGGGGUUUUCCUAUAGCUCUGGUCUCCGAUUUUCAUCAACAGAAAAUAAUGAGGGCACACAAUUAUAAUUCUGAAUAACGGCAUGGCUAUUUAUAUCCUAUUUUACUGUGCAAUACAGUACAUGUCAUGUUGAGAUGAUUUUCAGUUUGCUUCGUCUCCAGAGAUCAUAGAGGGAAAUUAUCUAAAACAAUUACUAUGUGUAUUUACAAUCCCCUUCUCCAAACGGAUUACUCAUUUACCUAGCUCUUAUCAAUAGAUCUAAUCAAGUUGUAAAUUACAGUGCAUGGAGAAUGGUGUUAUUUCUAUUGGAACAAAUUAAGUAGAUGCUUUUUCCACUUUGAACUGGUAGGUUCGCUAGACCUUAUUCAUGGUUUCCUCGCGUAAAGGUGGUGGAAUUAUUAGGGAAUUAAGUCAAGGUCAGAAUAUGACGUAUCCGACACACCUUCAUUUAUUCGGUCUCCACCUCGAACGAAUAGUGGAUGAAUAGCAUACUAUUCUCAUGCUUAAAUUUAAGGUCAGAAUGAAAAUGAAUAAAGUUCUAUUUACACGCGCUUAACACGAGUCGGAAUCUGGGCCAUAGUGACUGGAAGAUGAAUGAGUUGGACACUAUUGCAGAAGCUGUUUUGGAGGGAAUGUAGUUUCCUGCAGUUCGCAGGUUGGCCACUAGAUGUAGAAGUCAUGUUUCCAAAUGGUUCAUGACUGACUUAAUGACUGACUGAACCAUAUCUCUGUUUUUAGAGGUGGUGAUUCAAGCUCAGUGGGUGUGGGUUGAAUUUAGUCAAUUAUCUUUACAGUAUGUUUUGUCUGUCUGACUUUCUCUCCCUCUCUCCAUUUGUGUGUGUGCAUGCGUGUGUGCAUGUGAUUUAAUGCUGUAAGUACAGUGCAAUACCAAAUUGUUAGAGUAAAAAGAGCACUGUAUAAUGUAAAGUGUUACCAAUAUUUGUAUAAUUGUUUACCACAUUUAUUUUAUCAAAAGCAUUAAGACAUGUCAUGUUUUUGUGCCAGUGCAUGAAAAUUAAAAACACUUUUCUCAGAGAAGAUAUGGCUGCCGUUGAUUGACUAGGAAACUCUUAGAGGUGAGAUCAACAUUCACAACAAGACAGCUAUCAGAAGAGUCAUAUCCGGCUGGCAAGCAGUAGCAUGCAUGUCCUCCAGUCAUUUCUUUGCCUUCAGGAAAUUUUUUCCCUCCUCCUCCUUUUUCCUGGAACUUGUCCUCUCUUUUUCUUGUUCUUCCUCCUCGUCCUUUGCCUCCUUGUCCUCCUUCUCCACCUCUCUUUUCCCUGGAACCAUUGUCAUCUCUUCUACCUCUCCCUCUUGUUUCCCACCUCCCCAGUCCUCCUUCUCUUUCUCUCUACCGCUACCAUCAUGCUUUGCUCUCAUGCUGGGCGUGUCCAUGUUGGAGGCCUUCCCCUCAAGCAGCAGUGCCACGCCCCCCACACCAUUGGGGGAGGAGCCAGAGCGUGUGAGGGAGGAGCCAGAGCAGGAGCUGGCCAUGGUAUAG